AUGACCGACGUAUUUUCGGAAGGUAGGAGUAUUCGUUCGGAUAUUCCUUUUGGAGGUAAAGUUAUUGUAUUUGGUGGUGACUUUAGACAAAUACUACCUGUUAUUCCUAAUGGUACUAGACAAGAAAUUACUCUUACGGCUGACAAAAACAUGCGUUUAACUAUUGGAGCUGAAAGUUUGAAUAUGGAGUCUAUCAGAGAAUUUGUAAAAUGGCUUAUUGAUAUUGGUGAAGGAAACGUUGGAGAUGAUAAUGAUGGUGACGUCAUUAUAGAGAUACCAGAUGAUUUACUAAUCACCGAUAUUUGUGACCCAAUACAAAGUUUAAUUGACUUUGUAUAUCCUUCAAUUAUUGAACAAUUUAGGAUUCCUGGAUUUUUUUCUGAGCGAGCAAUUCUUGCACCCAAAAAUGAGGUAGUUCAUGAAAUUAAUGAUCGAUUGCUUUCGUUAUUUCCUGGUGAUGCGAAAGAGUAUCUGAGUUCUGAUGGUAUAUGUCAAACUGAACAAAUUCUUGAUUCUUUUCAACAAAGCUUAUACUCAACAGAAAAUUUGAAUGUUCUUAAGAUUUCAGGCUUGCCUAAUCACAGAUUAGUUCUUAAAGUUGGUGUUCCUGUGAUGCUUCUUCGAAAUAUUGAUCAACAGAAAGGGUUAUGUAAUGGUACAAGGCUUCAGAUUACUUUUCUUGGUAAACGAGUUAUAGAAGCUGAAGUUAUAUCUGGUGGGAACAUUGGUACGAGAGUUUUUAUUCCAAGGAUUAAUAUGACCCCGUCUGACAAAAAAAUACCUUUUCAAUUUCAACGAAGACAAUUUCCGUUAUCAGUUUGUUUUGCUAUGACAAUUAACAAGAGUCAAGGACAAUCGUUAUCAAAGGUUGGUCUUUAUUUGAAAGAUCCUGUCUUCACUCAUGGUCAGUUGUAUGUUGCAUUAUCAAGGGUCAAGACCAGAGAAGGCGUUAAAAUACUAAUAUUCGACGGUGAUGGAAAACCAACAAAUAAGACUUCUAAUGUUGUUUACAAAGAAGUUUUUACUAGCUUGUAA